AUCUUCAAGACUUAACAUUUUAAAGUGGCAAUGGCCGUGAUGCCUUACUCGAGGAAGUACGAUAAUUUAGCUCCUUUCAUAGAAGAAAUACGAGAAGACCCAGACUCUCAAUAUCCACCACAAAAUCGGAAAAGGAGCGGAGAAAGUGGAGAUGGACAAAAGAAGGCCGGAAUACCUGACUUCAGAACCGCAUCUGCCACAAAGUCAACAGGUAUCGGCAAACGUCUUUCUCCAGACGUGAUCAAAUUGUACACCACAACAAUAGAGAGUUUGGGUAGUGCUCGCAGAUGCACUGAUCGAAAAGAUGGUCACUCACCAAGGAAAUCACGCCAGCAGCGGCAAGUACCGACUAUCAAGGAACCAGAAGCAUUGCAGGAAGAGCUGCUAUAUGCAAAGGGUCAGAUCAAUGAUCUGACUCAAGAGCGAAAGGUGAUGGCGACGAAGAUACGUACUUUAGAACAGGAGAUCAGUAAGAUGGACAGAAGAUAUGAAGAAAUGCUGGCUAUCAACAGUAUGAGCUACUUGCCGGGAAAGACGGGCAGGGCAGCAAAAGAUAUACUAAUUCCGGAAGAUAAGACCAUUUCUAGUUUACGAAGCGCGGCGAAGCACUAUGAGAAGAAAACUAAGGAGCUUGAGGCGACGGUUGCGAGUUUGAAGCAGAGCACACGCUAUACUACACUCGUCAACCGUGAGUUGGAAUGUAAAAACCUAUUUCAAGACAAUCUUCGACUACGACGCCUUCUAGAACACUGGAAAGCGGAUACCCAUGUGAUGGAACAAGACUCGGACACCUUGUUGGGUUACGAUAGAGUGGUCGAUGAGCUCACGCAGAAAUUGAACGAGGCAUUGCGGCAGAAUGCGACUUUAAAAGGGCACUCUUCAAACCAAUCAAACGAGCAGUCUCCCCAGCUCGCUAGCAUCGCUACUCUUGAAUCAACCAUUUCCGAUCUCCAACAUCGUCUUGCUACCCUCGAUAGAGCUUAUAAGACUGCAGUUGAAGAAAUGCAUGCGGUGAAAGAAAAGGCCGGAAAGGAAAUCAAAGAAUGGGAGCAAAAAUAUCGACAGUUAGAUGAUCGGUACAAGGAUGACAUGGAGAAGUUGAGGAUCGAAUUGGGCAAGAUGGAAAAGCCUGGCAGAGUAGACAACAAGCUGAGAGAUUUGCAAGAGCAGCUAAAAGGGUUACAGGAUGCGCUCGAUAACCUUGGUCGGGAGAGGGAUCGAAAGACCAAGGAGUUGGUGGAGAGUCAAGGUAGAUGUGUGCAAUUUGAAAAGCAUGCCAGUAUACUAAAGAAGGAACUGGAGGAUCUUCGAAAGAAGCUUAGAGAAUCGAAUGCCGCACAAGAGUCCCUUUCCGCACAAUAUAGUGCGGAGUGCAGUGUUAUUAGAAAAGAACGCGAUCAGUACCAGAAGGACUACAUGUCAGAGCUUGUGGUUAAUGAAAAGCUGAGGAAGGAGGUGGAAACACUGGAUACCUUGGUGAAGGAGCUGAGGCGAAAAACAGAAAUGCGUACGGCGGCAAAUGUCGACCGCACCAGCAACAAUGAAACAUCACGCCCGGGAGCGGAUAGGCAAAGUACAGACCCGAUUAAAACUGCGUUUGACCAUAGAAAACUUUUUGUGGAUGAGGAGGACGAUGAUGAAAAGACACCAGUCGGGACUAAUUACCGACCCUUCAGUAGGUCACCGACGCAGGUCUCCUUUAUUCCGCGGGAACUGCACACUGAAGAAGGACGGGCAGAAGGCGAUGACACCCGAAAAACCACGCAAUCACUCCCCGUUCCAGCAGCUUCUGAACCAUCUGGCAUUUCUACGUCCAAACCAUCCUCACAGCAUCACUCACGCUCACAGUCUAUCUCAUCCAGUGCAUCAACAAGUAGGAUUUCGUCAUCUCAGCCGGCAGGAGAUAGGGAUCGUAUUCGCGCGCCGUCAGCACAAUCUCUUAAUCGCUCGAACUCACGCUUGCCGUCAAUGGAAUCACUUACCGAAAGCGCCAUACAAGGCGGCGGGCUAGCUCAGCCUGGGAGCGAAGAACAAGGAUCCCGCCCACCAAAUGUGUUGCAUGCAUCAGAUCAAAAUAUUGAGCACACGUCUUCGGUAUCACGCCAAACUCCUCAAUCAUCAGCUGGUCUAUGUGAGGACAAGGAUGAAUUUAUUGUUCAUAGUGUGCCACGUACGCCUUCAGCACGAUCCGUCGUGCAGCCACCGUCCAGAAGCGCUAGCCGAGAUGCGCUUUUGGAAGUCCAGCGAAAUGAGGCAGCACAAAUCAUACAGGCUUUGGUAAGAGGACAUAUUGCACGGAAGAAGUAUCCCCAAAUAUCUGGCAAGAUUUCGGGUCAGUCUACUUGGAAGGAUAAUCAUGACGUUGAGGUUGAACCCACUACAUCAGAAAAUCAUGAUCCUUCAAACGCAUCCACUCCCCGGUUUUCUCGGUCUUCGAGUCUGGCCAGCGUUGUGGAGAGCGUGGAAGGCUUCUUUGACCAGGAUGAACGAGAUGAAGACGGAGGAUUCUGAUGUUGAUAUACAUGAUUUCAUUACCAAAUUAUAAUAUUUUUGAUUAGCAAUGAGGAGAAUUCGCACUGUUAACAUUCCAAGAACAAAGCAGCAUUUUCAGGAUGCAAAAC